CUUCCGGGCCUCGGGUUCCGGCCGGGCAGCGCGGCAAAGGAGCACCAAGGAGUGACCAUGACGAAAUUGGCGCAGUGGCUUUGGGCACUGGCCCUCCUGGGCUCCGCCUGGGCGGCCCUGACCGUGGGAGCGCUAGGCUUGGAGUUACCCUCGCCCUGCCGGGAAGUCCUGUGGCCACUGCCUGCCUACCUGCUGGUGGCCGCCGGCUGCUAUGCUUUGGGCACUGUGGGCUAUCGCGUGGCCACGUUCCACGACUGCGAGGACGCCGCCCGCGAGCUGCAGAGUCAGAUCCAGGAGGCCCGCGCAGACUUAGGCCGCAGGGGUCUGCGCUUCUGACGCUUUACCCCCUCCAGCCCGAGGAGGACCCUCCCAUCCUAUUAAAAAGCAAAUUUAUUUUUUAA